GCUUGACAGAAAUGCUUCCUGGUCGUUGUCACGACGUGUUUCUUCGGUUGUGAGUAAAAGUGUGCAAAACUCACUGGCGACCACGGGUUUUUAUUGGAUCGUAGUGUGUUUCUGUUGUAAAGAAGAACUGUCUGGUAAACGUACGGUCAACAUGGGGUCGUCUUGUUCUUCUACCACGUCGGCUGUGGUCGUCAAAACAGCGAGAGUUGCACCCACAACGAAACGACCACCAGUAACAGAAGAACCAAAACCAGAAAUUCUUGAAAGGGGUGGCCAACAUGGAACGACACCAAAGACAAAGGACACAGGCAAGGACGAUGUUUCCAUUGCAAGCAUUCAGUCACAGGUGUCACAUUUAGAUCGGACACAAGAUACCAGCACCAGUGCUGACACCUUGGUGCAAUAUGAAAAGCGGCCGCAAGAUGGGGUACAUGUACAACAGAAUAACAGGUGGUCGAGCAUUUCCGGUGCUAACAGUCAAGACUCAAUAGAAAGUCUCUGCAAACCGGAAAAUUCUGACAGGACUUCAACACCCAAGAAUACAAGGACACAUGUGAAAGAGACAGGGUCACAAACAAAGAAACUGCGACUGUCAGAUCAAAGUAAAGCUAUACAGAACGAAGGGAGCAAAAAUAACACUAUUGAAGCAAAGAAACCGAACAGCACAACUGCAAGCACCACACAAUUAUCUAGACCUGCAGAUAGGGGAUCUUUUGACAAAAGUGUCGACAAAUUGAAUGGUGACAGUGCUGUGGACAUUGAGGCCAUACAAAACUCUAGAGCAUUUCAGAACCAGGCUACAGGAAGUUGUGAGAAACUAGACAAGGAAAAACCGAAUAUGAAAGAAAUUAAGAUGUCAGCAAAUAACACAGGUAUGAAGAGCGAUGAAGAGACUGGCACUGACGAUAAGAAAGGAAUCAAUUCCGUACCAUCUAAGAUGGUGGAACAGCCAGAGAUCACAAGACGUCUGAAGAAGACGGAGCUCAUCCCAGACUUGUCUGUCUUCAAGGAGCUAGACGACUAUGCCAAGCAGACCCCUGAGCACGCAGAAUCCUCUAUGCGCUCGCUCGUGGACUAUCUGAUUCGUCCGACCAAAUCGCCACUGGAGAGAAUACGUGUCCUUUUCAUGUGGAUGGCUACACACGUUAAAUAUGACGUCAGCGGCUACGUCACUGGUACAACAUACGGGGAUUCGUCACCAGAAGCCGUGUUCAGGACCAGGACGGCUGUUUGUCAGGGCUACGCUGACCUGUUUACUGAGCUGUGCAGGUUGGCUGACAUCCCAUGCAAGACCAUCUCCGGCAAAGCCAAAGGAAUCAACUACGUGGUCGGCGCCAAAUUCCGGGAAGCCAGUAACCAUGCCUGGAACGCCGUGCAAAUUAACGGUUUUUGGUACCUCCUAGACUGUACAUGGGCUGCCGGUCACUCGGACAUAAGUUCAAAGACAUUCGUAUUCAGCUACACGGAACACUACUUCUUAACAGAUCCAGAGUUGCUUGUAGCUGACCACCUCCCUUUAGAUGAUUCUUGGCAGCUCCUGGAAGACCCUGUCUCGGUAGAGAUGUUUGAGUCAUGGGUUCUUCUGAAACCUGCUUUCUUUGACCUUGGUCUGCGCAUGUCUGACCUCAGCCACUCAAAAGCGCGCGUGCCAACCAAAUCCGGUUCAGCCACUAUAAAGCUAAGUCUCCACGAACCCAUGUCGUUUGUGGUGCAUUUUAAAUCGUUUGAUGGGAAGAAGAAACCUACGGAAAUCAAGAACUGUGUCCUGCACGAGAUUGUCGACAUGGAGGCGCGCUUUCGCGUCGUUCCGCCAACAGAAGGCAAAUUCCGGUUGACCAUCUUCGCCAAGAAAGGAACGUCAUCCGGAAGCCACGAAUUUCUUCUCGAGUAUCUGAUACAGUGCAAGAUACCCAAAGCAACAAGUGCACCCUUCCCAUCACGCAACGGGAGGACAAUAUGGGGGCCGGGUCACUUCCUUCUCGAUGGCGUCAUUUCUGGUACAAGUCAUCCGGAAGCCAUAGUCGACGUUCCCGAAGGUGACGUCAAAAUUCAAUUUGAGUUUGAAAGCAGGAUGCAUUUCAUGUGCCAUUUUGGGGAAGACUCUCGAUGGAAUGAGUACGUCUUUACCGAACCCGAGGACGCAUGCGCGACAUUUUACCUCAGAUGCCCUGAACCGGGCAUGCACAGUCUGACAAUAUGGGCCAAAGAAGACAUCGGGUCUACAGACGGGUCUUACCACAAACAUUGCUCUUACAUCAUUCGCUGUAAAAAGAGUAAACCGAAAUGUCUGCCCUAUCCAAAAACGUUUAAAACCUGGACGUCUGGCUGCAAGGUGUUUCGACCCCAAAACGGGCAUCUUGCCUCAAAUCGGGCCGUCCUGUUUCGGGUCAGGUGGCCCAAGGUCGUUGAUGUGGCCGUGGUGGCUGAUGGGAAAUGGUCCCACUUGGUACAGGGUAGUGAUGACUGCUGGGAGGGUAAUGCAACCACUGGUGCUCGGGGUACAUCCCUGCACGUGGUGGGCAAAAGAGACCCAAAUGUAAACUCUUACGAAUGGUUACUUGAUUAUAAAGUUAUAUAGCUUAAUUUUUAUAUUCCUAUUUCUCCUUCUAAUCCAUAUUCUAUGCAUCAUUU